UGGCCGGGUAAAUACAGCUAUUGUUCCGGUAACAGACAAUCCCCAGUAGAUAUAGACGAUAGAAACAUCAUCUAUACACCGAACCUCAAACAGUUUUCAUUUACUGGAUUCAAUGGUUUUAACACAGCUUUUACUGUUAAAAACAACGGUCAUACAGCCAGUAUUCGGGUCAGCGGUAACAUGAGUGUGAGUGGGGGAGGGUUUGGUGAUGUUUACAACACAGCCGAGAUCCAUUUUCACUGGGGUAGCAACGAUAGGGACGGCUCAGAACAUGCCAUCAACGGACGGAAAUAUCCAUUGGAGAUGCAUAUAGUAAACUAUGCUACCAAAUAUGGAGAUUUAAAAAACGCCAUGCAGUAUCGAGAUGGUUUGGGUGUUCUAGGAGUUUUAUUUGAUAUUGGGGUAAGUACAUUUGAACAAAACUUUGAAUCUUUUUCAUCUGCGAAGUAUGGUUUUAAAGAAGAUAUUGUAUUUGUUUCAGGAACCUCAGCACCACUGCCUACUAUUAACGUUCGUCAGCUACUUCCCGUUAAUGCUGGGAACUACUUCCGGUAUUAUGGAAGCCUGACGACCCCACCGUGUUACCAGAGUGUACUAUGGACUAUAUUUGAACAGAGGCAGACUAUCUCUCCCAAUCAGGUAAGGGAUCAUUUUUGGUCGCCCAACGCUGUCAUUUUUGGUGAAGCUCUCAUCGACAACUUCCGGCCUCUUCAACCAAUGUUUGGUAGAAUCAUCAACACCAACAUCAAA